UUUCAGUCACUUUUAAUUUAAAAGAGGCACACUAUUAGCACUGUUGGACUUAAAACACUUUUCUGCAGUAACAAAAUGCUACAAGGAGAAAGAAUUAUAUUACACUUGCUAAAAUUUGUUACUUCUGGCAUAUUUACGCCUUGGCCAAUUGCAAAAGCAUUUCCUCUUCAUUUCAACACAGUCCUCUGACUCCCAAAAACAAGUUUCCUCAUCAAAAUAACGUCAAGUGAACUCAUCUGUUGUAAGCUUAGCUGUCCGCAACUUGUCUUAACUCAUUGACUCCCAUUGACGGUGAUCAAUGUCACCAGUUGAUGACGCUACGAUAUCGAUUCUUUUGACAUACAGUUGUGGUCAAAAGUUUACAUACACUUGUGAAGAACAUAGUGUCAUGGCUCUCUUGAGUUUCCAGUUAUUUCUACAACUCUUGAUUUUUCUCUGAUAGAGUGAUUGGAACAGAUACUUCUAUGUCACAAAAAACAUUCAUGAAGUUUGGUUCUUUUAUGAUUUAGUUAUGGGUGAACAGAAAAAGUGAUCAAAUCUGCUGGGUCAAAAAUAUACAUACAUGGAUCUGAAAAAGCGAAUCAUUGACUUGAACAAGUCAGGAAAGUCACUUGGAGCCAUUUCAAAGCAGCUGCAGGUCCCAAGAGCAACAGUGCAAACAAUUGUUUGUAAGUAUAAAGUGAAUGGCACUGUUUUGUCACUGCCACGAUCAGGAAGAAAACGCAAGCUAUCACCUGCUGCUGAGAGAAAAUUGGUCAGGAGGGUGAAGAUUCAACCGAGAAUCACCAAAAAGCAGAUCUGCCAAGAAUUAGAAGCUGCUGGAACACAGGUGUCAGUGUCCACAGUCAAGCGUGUUUUGCAUCUCCAUGGACUGAGAGGCUGCCGUGCAAGAAGGAAGCCCUUGCUCCAAAAGCGGCACCUUAAGGCUCGACUGAAGUUUGCUGCUGAUCACAUGGACAAAGAUAAGACCUUCUGGAGGAAAGUUCUGUGGUCAGACGAAACAAAAAUCAAGCUGUUUGGCCACAAUGCCCAGCAAUAUGUUUGGAGGAGAAAAGGUGAGGCCUUUAACCCCAAGUACACCAUGCCUACCGUCAAGCACGGUGGUGGUAGUAUUAUGCUGUGGGGCUGUUUUGCUUCCAAUGGAACUGGCGCUUUACAGAGAGUAAAUGAGAUAAUGAAGAAGGAGGAUUACCUUCAAAUUCUUCAAGAUAACCUAACGUCAUCAGCCCGAAGAUUGGGUCUUGGUCGCAGUUGGGUGUUCCAACAGGACAAUGACCCCAAACACACAUCAAAAGUGGUAAUGGAAUGGCUAAAUCAGGCUAGAAUUAAGCUUUUCGAAUGGCCUUCCCAAAGUCCUGACUUAAACCCCAUUGAGAACUUGUGGACAAUGCUGAAGAAACAAGUCCAUGUCAGAAAGCCAUCAAAUUUAACUGAACUGCACCAAUUCGGUCAAGAGGAGUGGUCAAAGAUUCAACCAGAAGCUUGUGGAUGGCUACCAAAAGCGCCUAAUUGAAGUGAAAAUGGCCAAGGGACAUGUUACCAAAUAUUAGCGCUGCUGUAUGUAUAUUUUUGACCCAGCAGAUUUGAUCACGUUUUUCUGUUCACCCAUAAUAGUCAUAAAAGAACCAAACUUCAUGAAUGUUUUUUGUGACAAAGAAGUAUCUGUUCCAAUCACUCUAUCAGAGAAAAAUCAGAGUUGUAGAAAUAACUGGAAACUCAAGAGAGCCAUGACAUUAUGUUCUUCACAAGUGUAUGUAAACUUUUGACCACAACUGUAGAUACAAUACUUGCUGAUAUCACAAAUUCUGCAAUAAUUCGAUUCACGGUCUUCUAAUUGGUUUGUUGCCAUGUUAUGUACAUGUAUAACGCAAUCACAUUUAAAAAGGAAUAAAAAUAUGCAGCAAUUUAGAGGUUUUUGACACUUUUUGCUGAAACAUUUCAGACAUUUGAAGGAAAACCAUUCUUUUUCACAUGCCGACAUAACUAAAAGAUGAAAUUGUUCAUUGAUGUUUUGCGUUUCGACCAAUUUGAUUGGCUCGUUGGACACAUAUACCGUAUAGACAAGUUUCCUGAGCGAAACAUGGGCGGCGCCAUCUAUGACAUUUUCUCAGGCAUGAAAAUCACUCACCUGUCGGCGAAAUUCGCCGUUUUGAAGUCAAAAAGGGUGACCUACGUGAAUUGUGUAGAUCCGAGGAGAAAAUUUUUAGUGAAGGGGUGGGGUCGUAAGUCCAUCUAACUAACUAACUACAUGUUUUAUUGAAGUUGCUAAGCCUGUCGCGAUAUGCAGUGAGUCCAUUUAUCGCACGGUAAAUAAAAAUGAGGGCGGUAAUUUUCAUGGCUGCGUUUUAUCACGGCGUGCGUGCAUAUAUUUGUGCGUGCGUGUAGAUGACAUACGAGACUCCUAUUGUUGUGUCCAGAUUUUUAUUGGUCAACAACACGCCGUAGAAUUACAGUUCACACAUACAAAAUAAGGAAACACAUCUAUAUUAAACACUGUAAACUAGAGCUGAAACGAAUACUCGAGCAACUCGAGUAACUCGAGUUUAAAAACUGAUCCGAGUAAUUUUAUUCACCUCGAGUAAUCGUUUAUUUUGACAGCUCUAAGCAUCACGUUUUGCUCGGACUACUUUUAAUGUGGGACAACGCGCUGAUGUCACGUGCGUAGAGGAAGAAGCAAAAAAAAAAAAAAAAAACUUACUGCAGCCGACAACCGCUACAAACGACGCCGACGUUGCUAAAUACUAGCCCGCACAUGCUACGUUAGUUGCAGGUAGCGUCCAAUGAGUCUCACAGAGAUCACAUGUAUGUUGAAUUAGAUGCACAAUUACAGACUAGGCCGCGUCUGGGCAGCGUUAGCAAACAGCCGCCAUCUUAAAGCAGUAGCGCGCUAAGCGCUAAUAUAUAAGAUUAACGUUACUGUCACUACUAGCUCACCUUACGUUAGCCCUGCGGAGGGCUAGGUUUCAAUUAAUUAAGACCACUUUCGAUGCGUGGCUAACGUGUCUUACAUACAGGCUUUAACAUAACAUAGCGUUGUGGAGUGAUGAGGGUGUCAAAUAAAAACUCAAUAAUGCUAACUAUCAAUUUUAGCUCAGUAGUCAUUGCUGGAUAAAACACCAAGUAGCACUAGUCCCUAAUGUGCUCCAAUACAGCCUGUAUCAUACAUUUAUUUUGAACAGUACAAAAACUCAAAAUCCUAUCAGGACUUACAGUUUAGACUAACUUAAAACUUAACUAGAACUUAAAAAUGGCUUGACACAAAUAGAAAUUCAAUUGAAAAACGUGGGAAAAAAUCCCAACUUUUAAGUGAUGUGUG